ACGGAGGUCCCUCAAACAUUUAUGUAAUUCAGACUGAUGACACUGCAGAAGUCAGCUGAGAUAGGCCGUGUGGUGCAGAAAAUGGAUGGAUAGACUAAUGAAUGAAUGGCUUUGUUAAGAUGGGACACUAAUACACAAAUGAAGUUAGUUCAUUGAAUAUAGCAAAUUUAAAUGUACACGGUAGUUAAUUUGAUGAACUAGUCUCAGUUAUGUAUUUUAUCGAUGCGUCGUUGGUUAUUUCGUGUAUACGAGCACAGCUGCGUUCUUGUGAUUUGGAUUUUAUUUUCGUGCCGUUUCUGUAAUUCACCGUGUGGUUUCCAGGCAGAGUGACCUCACGGCGCCAUAUUAAUGUGCUCCCUCCUCCUUCGCUUGCUCGAUGUUAGCUUAGCGGUUAGCACUAGUAGCUCGCUGCCAGUCUGCUUCUCACAUCCACCGGACUGACAGACGGCAACGGCGUGAUGGAAAUUGACUCGCUUCAAGAGGCGCUCAGAGACUUUGAGAAGAAAACGAAAAGGGAGCCAUGUCCUAUAUUGGAGCAGUUUUUAUGUCAUAUCGCCAAGACCGGAGAAACCAUGGUCCAAUGGUCUGAGUUUAAGAACUACUUUCUUUUUAAAUUAGAAAAGGUCAUGGAUGAUUUCAGAGCCUCAGCUCCUGAGCAAAGAGGCCCCGCCAAUCCCAAUGUCGAGUCAAUCCCAUUUGAAGAUAUGAAAGAGCGAAUCUUGAAGAUUGUUGACGGAUAUAAUGGAAUUCCCUUCACUAUACAACGCUUGUGUGAGUUACUCACAGAACCCAAGAAGAACUACACAGGAACGGAUAAAUUUCUUCGAGGUGUGGAGAAGAACAUCAUGGUUGUGAGCUGUGUUCAUCCAAUUUCAGAAAAAAACGGAUGCAGCGCCGUCAGUAGAAUGAAUGGAGUCAUGCUUCCUGGGAACACUUUGUCCUUCACAGAGAGAAAAGUGAACGGUCCGGGAACCCCACGGCCACUCCACCGCCCAAAGUUAUCUCUAGUCAACUCCCUUGCGGCGAAUGGCCUGCCUGACAGCACAGAAAACAAACACCUCAAAACAGACACGGAAAGUGUUCAAGAUAUAUCAGGAAGCGGGAUUUCGGCUUCGGGAGAUAGCCUGGGGAAUUCGGUCAAGAACAAACACUCGGACACCGAAGAGGACAUGGAAUCUGAGCAGCAGGAGGUGAAGAGACUUAAGUUUGGCAAGGAUGAAGAGGAGGAAGAGGACGAGGAAGAGGACGAGGACGAAGACGAAGAGCAGCAAGUGGAAACGUCAAAGCCUUCGAAUGCCCCUUGCCUCUCGAAAGAAGCAGAAGCCAUGGUCCAAGAGGAAGAUGAAAAAUCCACUUUCAAGGAAGCCUCUUGCAGCGCGACUGUCGUGGAAGACCAAGAGCCGACAAGCAGCACUCAUGCCGAAGCAUGUCCGGACUCGGGCCCGGAUGAAAAGUUGGCCGAAAGGGUGGCGCCAUGCCUAUCGCAGCACGAUGUCAGCGACAUGGAUCAAACGGAGCAGCCGGCAUCGGCCGGUGUUGCAACAAGCCCGGAGACCAGUGCAGAGAGUGAGGAGAGUCACAGUGACCCAGUCAGCAGCAGCUGUAGCAGCAGCAGCAGCAGCAGCAAUAGUAGCAGUUGUAGCAUCGACGAGAGUGUAGAAGGGGACCGUGAAGACGUCUCGCCCACUCCAUCCAGUAGUACGAAUGAGCCACCUAUAGAGGGCGCCAUGGAAAGCGCCAGCGUGGACAUGGGAACCACCGACGAGCCCAUGGAGCAGGACUAGACUGAAAAGGCCCUCACCCCGCAGUCGUGUGACACCACAAACCAGCUUGUCCUUGAAAUCCAGCGUGACUGUCACUACUGGGAAUGAGGAUAACUUCACCUCAUACACAAACACCUCUUCCGCUUUUGGAUGCUCCUCCAAAAUGGCUACCUGGCAUUGAUGUGAUCAAACUAUUGAUUAAUAUGAACAUAUUUUUUUU